AUGAGUGUUCCAUAUCCAAAAUACUUGUUUUUCUUUAUCAUUUGUUUUGUAUUCUUGCUCUGUAUUGUCCUUUACAUAAGAAAUAGCAACACUGAUUUUAAAUCCGAGACAAAUGCAAGGAUCCAUGGUCAAGAAUCAAUUAGAGACAUUAAGGAUGUUAAGAGUUCGUGUGAAGAGGGAGAAAUCCUGUUAGACGUUAACUUUCAACCUUUAGAUUUGAAUUCAUUGGGAGACGAGAUUUCAGGGAGCAAUUUAGUUAAGAGUGAAGAAGAGUACAUAAUUGCACUUUUGAAUUGGACAAAACCAUUCCAUAACAGCACGUGUAUAAAAGAGUCCCACUUCCUGGAGUUUUUUGUUCCGGGUAAGGUGGUGGGUGAGGUUUGGAAGCUAUACGAAGGUCAGAAGGGUGAGCUAUCACAUAAUCGUCACGAUCCACCCCUUUAUUCAGGAAUACAGGGAGUUUUAUUUGACCUUCUCCAAAAUUUUCAUGAUAAGCCUUUUCUACAAACAAGAUUCGAACCAAGAGGGGGAUAUUCAGCAUUACGAGCCAUAAAUGGAGAUAUUGCUGAUAUUUAUUUUAGGUUCCAUGCAGAAUUUCAAUUGAAUGAGAAGCCAUUACUACCUUUUUGGUUUACUCCAGCAUAUUUUACCGGAAAUAUAAUUCUAGAUACCAGAACUAAAGAAACACACCACUUCCAUUUGUAUGUUCCAAACACGAAUGAAUUGAAUGUUGAUUUAGAAUGGUAUGGAAGUAACAGACCUAACGAUAAUUUAAUGGUGGACAUCGGAUUCCUUCCAGUUAUGGAGUUGAAAUCUAUCCCUCGUUCAGAAGAAUUACAGUGGUUACGUGAAAAGUCUAUCAAAGAAAUCCAAAGUGAUCUGGAAAAGGCUUUCUUUCCAUUUAAGCAGGUAGACUACUUACCAUUUGAGGAAGCAAUUAAAGUGGCCCAAGCAGAGAGCAAAUUGAUUCAUCACAUUGUAUUGUGGGGAUCUCUUGAUGACCAGUCAUGCUGAGGGUCGGGGCGGACUCUACGCGAUGGACCACUCGCGAGUCCGCCCAUAAUGAAGUUCCUCAAAAAUAAUUUCAUUUCUUCUUGGUCCCUCGUUGCAAGGCUGAAGAAGUUGGUGCAUUCAACGAACAGAAUUGUCUCAAAACUGGCAUCAGAAACACUUGAUGCUUAUUCUUUUCCUGUGGAGAUAAUUAUAUAUGACCAGAGACAGAACAUUGUUCAUUAUGAAAAUCUCAACGAAUUGCUUGAAGAAGAACUACCAGAAAUACUCGAGUCUGAUGAGUACGAGGAUAUCUUGUCUUAUAGGUAUUCUAAAAUGUUAAGAAGAGCAAUGGCUGCCGCCGGUAGAGAUGUCACAGAGCUUUAAAGAAAGUAAACGCGAAAUCAUGUGAAAAAGAGAUGCAUAAAUUGUUUUCUUAAGCAUCAAGUUUAAAGAACUAGUUUGUUAUUAUGGCCAAAACAAGGAAUUGGGACUUUCCGCUGCAUGCAAGCAAGAUUGGGUUUGGUUUUCUGAAUGACACUGUGUAUCAAAAGACUUCCGCCGGUCGAUACACGGUUGAGAAAGGAUUCCAACGUACUCUUAGGUUGCAGAAGAGGCGACUUGAGUUCCAGUAUGUUGCUAUGUGUACUCAUUUUAAUUUUUUAAAUAAAAGUCAU